UGAGUACCAAGCAGCCAUAUCUUUAUCUUUUCUGGGUCCCAAUCAAUUUUUUUUCAGCUUUGAAUUCUUGAUAUUUUUCAUCUGCGCACUAAGGCUGCAUCGAGAUGAGUUGUUAGUGCCACUUCCGCUCAUUGUAUACACAGUUUCUUUCAGUCAUUGAUGUCUUUGCCUGCUUUUAAUAUCUAUGGGGUCAGGUUUGAGGCUGUAUGUUCUACUCUCACCCGUGCUGUUGUCACCUCAAAUUUCGUGUAGUUGGUAUAAAUUUACGAAGACCAUGAAGCUUCCGAGCAUAUGGUCCAAGGGACACUUUCUAACUUACAUCAAUUUCAGCGCAUCAUUGAAAUGUUUCCAUCCCUCUUAUCAUCUUGCUAUUGUUUCAUUUUUUACAGUUGGAAGUGGUCGUGUUUCGACAAAUCACUGGAGUUUUUCGAGCAGGCCUUUCUCACUUUUUAAUUCCAAUAGAGUAAGAGAAACUUUGAACUUGAAGCCUUUCCAAACGCUCAUUGAGACUGCGUCUUUCUCGUUUGUCUAAAGAGAAACCUCAUGGGGAGUAUAGAGCUCAGCGAAUCGUAGUUAAGUAUAAUAAACGUUUGCGAUCAAGUUUUCUUUUUA